AGCAAAGAGUUGAUGGUGAUGGUGAGAAGCAAAAAGAUGAUGGUGAAGGUGAGAAGCAUGUUCCAAGGCGAAGCAAUCGGCUCACAACUCCAUCAUUUUCAACCAUUACUCCAUAUAAAGCACCAAGAAACCCUGCCACAUCUGCUAUUCUUCCAAUGUUCAACCCUUUCCUGUCUCCAUCUUUCAAUGAUAUUGAAGAAUUGAAUUCUUGGAAGAGCUCAAAUAUCAGAACAGGGGUAAUAACGGAUACAGAACCAUUAACCUCACAUUGGAUACAUUUGCUGGGAAGACCAGAGAAGAAAUUGCAAGAAACGCAUAUUGAUGCAGCUUUGGGAUUACUUUGGUUGAGAAGAAACAAGGAUCCCAUUUAUUUUCACAACAAGAGACUUCCGAAAUCAACCUUUGUGAGGCCAGACUUCUUUUCAAAUUUGAUAGCUGGAUACUUCAGUUUCAAGGAGGAUAACUUUAAAUCACAACACGUGUUUCCAAAAGAAGUCACUGAUAUUGUGAGUGGGAAGUUGCCUUCGGUUUGUCAUCCUACUGAGAAGUGGCAGGAUCUCGAGGGAGUUUAUGGUAUUGCCUAUAACUCUAAAUACAAACAGUACAUUGGUAUGGAAAUAAGCUUCAAGUCCAGGAAGAUUACUGUUUUUGAUUGUCGAACUCAUGAGAGUAAAGGUGACUUGGUGGAAACUCAUGUUAAGCCAAUUGCAGAGAUGAUACCUUAUCUCUUACGCACUGAAAGAAACAGAGGAACAGUUGAUCUGUCUCCAUUUAAAGUCUUAUGCCCUAAGAAGUUCUUUCGUCGCAUUAAGAGUGAAGCAAACUGUGGAUUAUUCAUCCUCAAAAUGGUGGAAUGCCACUCAAUGGGCGUAGAAGAGAUGAUGAGUAAGCUUCAAGAAGAGGUUUCAGAAGAUAUUAGAGCCAAGUUAUGUUUUGAUAUCUAUCAUGAUAUCAUUCUUAAGAAGAUUGAGAUGUUUAGAGGUUGAUUUUUUGUUUUCAGAUGGUAGACUUUUCUUUGGAUUUAUAAGUUUACAAUGGAUUUAUUCGAAUCAUAUGU